AUGGUCAUGAUGGGGUAUCGGCGUGCAUCAUGGCCAUUGAAAACUUUAACUGGUGCUUCCCUGAUCAUCUUCCUGUGGCUCAUCGGUAAUAGCAUUCCACGGUGCAUACACUGCACUGAUGAUCUGUCUGAAGCACACUUUCUUCCCGGCCCCAUCGAGCUGAAUGCGUGCUCCAAUAUCCCGAUACCUAACGGCAACUCUUCGGUAUCACCAACCCACGAAGAAACUCCUCAACGUCCCACCGUCGCAAAAUCAUAUCCAAAAUCUGCAAGACCCAAUCUCCCGCAGGACUACCUCGUAACAACAGAAGAGUCAAUAUUUUGUGAGAGUCGUUUCGGUACGAAGUACCUCGAAACCCUCCGUGACUCCACAACAGCAUACUGCACCACAGACUCGCCAUCCGACAUAACGUGCUUCCACAGUCAAACCACUAAGGGAUAUGUUGAUUCAUUAUGCAUAGCCCGUAACGCAAUUUUCGAUCCCGUCACAGCCAAAUUCCGCCUAGGCUGCGAACUUGGCAUGCUCCCCGAUUCACACCAACCCUUCCUCGUCCCCGAAUAUGGCACAUUCCCAAAAUACAUGUACGACACCGGUCCGCGUGUCAUCAUGGAUAACUGGAUAGAGCUUGACGACACCGUCGAGCCAAAUGAGUCCGAAACACCUGAAUAUACGAUAUUGGUCAAGCGAGAGGGAUCAUCCAACAUAUGGCAUUCCUUGUUGGAGAUCUUUUCUAUGUCCCUGACCUUGGACGUACUCCAAAUGAGUCAAUCGUCCGACUCGAAGCCAUUCUUCACGCCCCCUGAUACGUUAAAUACCCAAGUUGUUCUGCUAGACGACCACGCAGACGGCCCAGUUUUUGAUUUAUGGUCUAUUUUCGCAAAACGACCAAUACGACGUCUCAAAGACCUGCCCCCAAACACAAGCCUUGAAAACAUCAUUCUCCCGCUUGCGGGUGGAAGCAAUCCCCUGUGGCAGGCCAACCCCCCUCGGGAGGGUGCUUCAUGCAAGAACUCGGCACUUCUGCAUACAUUCUCACGCCGAGUCUUGGAUCACUACAACAUUCCACUUCAGCACCCACGCUCACGCCAGGGUGAUGAUAUAAGAAUGACUUUCAUCGACCGCAAGGAGACCCGCGUCCUACUCAAUCACACCGAAUAUCUUGAAGAUGUCAAGUCUUCUUUUCCGAGCAUUACAAUCCAGGAAGUCGAUUUUGCGGCGAUUUCGUUCAUAGAGCAAUUGGAUAUUCUGCAGCAGACUGAUAUUCUGGUCGGGGUCCAUGGGGCUGGUUUGACACAUGCCAUGUUUCUCCCUCCACGGUCAACUGUUGUUGAGAUUCUUCCCGCGCGGGUUGAUUGUAGGGUUUAUGAAAACCUGGCUUCUCUGUCGGACCAUUCAUAUUUCAGUGUUCGGUCUUCGAAGGGAUCGGAUACAUCUCCUAGGGUGGACUGGCAUGAAGAGCAAGUCUCUUUGGAUAAGGAGAGGUUUACGGAUGUUCUGGAUAUUGCUUUGAAAGCCUUGUAUAAUAAGAUUGCACGAAUCCAUGAUAACUGA